AUGAAAGGACCUAUACAGAUAUUGCUCCUCUUUGGGACGGCUGCCCUCCUCCAGGCAGGAUGUCCGACCAUCCCACCGAUGGCUGACUUUAACACCGAGCGGUACGCAGGCACGUGGUACGAGACGGAGAGGUUUGACAAUCCAUUUGAGUGGUAUACAAGAUGUGUGUCUGACACGUACAUUUCACGAGGAGAUGGCAGCUACACUGUCCUCUACAAUAGAAUAGGCACGUGGACGGGAUCGAACCGAACAACAGAAGGUGCCCUAGACAUUGUCGACGACACGCACCCUGGGUAUUUCAUAGCCUCAUUUUCGGGAUGGAUUCCAUCAGGUGACUACUACAUCAUUGAUACCGACUAUGAUGACUAUUCCAUUGUGUACUCGUGCUCCGACAUGUUUGGAAUCACACAAAUCGAACUUGCAUGGAUUAUGUCCCGUGAGAGAAAAAGUUUAACAGGUCGCGAGAGGUCUGGUUUGUACAGGAAGCUAAGAAGGCUUGGGAUUGAUACUUCUCAAUUCAUCGUGUCCGAUCAGACCGGAUGUGACGCAUAAAACUAGCAUGGCCAACAUCACUUCCAUUCUAAUAUCGCAAACCGGUGUGUUUGUCAGGAACAAAACGUACAUACAACAAUAAAUAUAAGAUAAAG